AGUAGAUAUGUAGUUAUGGUUAUAGUGAGGCAUAGUUAUAAUUUAGUAAUUAGUAUGUUGUGUGAUUUAUUAACGCUUUAAUGGCCGCAAAAUCAAUCGGAAUGAUUGAUCGAUACCGCGGGAAAAGGUAUACAAAGUUUGUUUAAUAACUGUUGCAUUACCUCCACUUAGCUAAUGCGUUUAAUAUCGAACCUUUUAGUAUUUUAUAAUGUAUGUCAAUUAUAUUUUUUUAUUUACCAUCGGGUUUAUUUUGAAUCCUAGAAUAUUUUGUGAUAAUGCCGAGAAACUCUUUGAUAAUAAAAAUGGGGGUGAAGUAGUUUAUCCAGAAGUUAUUUCCGAUACGGAAGUUAAGCGCAGAUUCAAAAGAUCUAAUACUGAGUUUAAAAAAAGUGACAACGAUACUUUUUAUGUUGGUUUGAAAAAUUGGACGCUCAAGACCAAAUUUAAUCGUAAUUUGGUAGUUGCCGAUAAUUAUGUUGCCCAUUGGGCGAGUUCCAAGGGUCGAAAAGCUCCUGCGAGUGACCAAAGCCAUUCGAGGUUGGAUCGCUGUCUUCCGCUUGAGGGCGAAAUCGCUGGGAUUCCAAAUUCUACUGUCGCUUUGACUAUUUGUAGCAAUCAGUUCUACGGUCUUGUCGCUUUUGGGAAUCAAUCGUUUUUUCUGCAGCCUACUAAAGUCAACGGGAGUCACGUUUUUUAUGAAACCAAACUGCCGACAUUGGAAGAAAUGGCGAAUAAGUAUGACAAUAAUUUUGAAGCUGGGUUCAAAAAAUUUGACGAAGAAAAUGAAAUUGAUGACAAAAAAAAAUCGUCAUGUGUUGCUUGGGAAAUGAAUAACUGGGGAAGUAGGUUUGUUACAUUAAAUUCAACAGCUUGUCCGGGUAAUUGGGACAAUAAAGUACAAAAACGCUGGAGAAGAAGUCCGAGGCAGCCAAAUUACUGGUACACGACUGAGCAGCCCUACCGGGUAGUAAAAGGCUGCGGAAUGAAUAGAAGGAAAAGAGUUUUGACAGUUUGCGAUACUGAUGAAAGUUAUAACAUGACUGGAGACAUAGUCUCGGCAGAUUAUUUCGACAGACUCGAUUUCCAAACGCGAAUGGGAAACGACCCUCCUGAAGAAGCUGCGCAGUCUCGUAUGCAAACUGAUUCACACUCUGCUGGAUCGUGGUUUGAUGCAGAAGAAGCGAGGCCAUAUUUAAAGGGCCGCAUAGUAAGGCACGGAAAAGCUUCCACUUUAAAAUGGAUCAAAAUAGUAAUCGGUGUUGAUUAUGAUGUCAUACGAUUUCAUGGCGAUCUUACUCAACAAUACAUCUUUACUAUUUUUAAUAUUGUCAGCACGCUGUUCAAAAAAAUUUCCAUUGUCAACUUCGUUAAAAUCGUCAUCAAAAGAAUGAUUCUAUAUCCAGAUCCUAAUGAUAGUGCAGUCCGUACAGGAAAUAUGCAGUACCCACUUUACAAUGUGAAUAUAUGGAACAGAAAACUUUACGACCUAGCGAGAGAAAAACACGAUAUGGCGCUAUGGUAUACUCAUUACCAGCUAGCUUCCGACGUCAAUACUGCUCCUGGGCCUUACAUGUGCAACAAAUUGCGGUCUUGUAUUCUUGUUCAAGAUGUCGGGUGGGCUUCCUCUAUAAAAAUAGCCCAUGGUAUUGGUCAUCUUGUGGGACUAAAUCACGACGGAGAAAUUCAAACGAAUAAUUACUGCGCAUCGGAGGCGUUAUUACACGCGACAGUGAUGUCAAAAAUAUUACCGGCUGUUAAUCCUGUUCCUACGUGGUCUUCAUGUUCGAUUCAAGAAUUUAAUGAACUCGUAGGCGAAUUUAAUUGCUUGGAUCGACCGCCGCUAAGUGACGAGCAAACAUCAUAUUUACCGGGAAUAUUUUCACUUGACGACCAGUGCCGCAUCGAGUUUGGAGAGGGGUGGGUAUUCUGCAUCAAAGUUACCGUGAAAGAUCCGUGUACAGAAUUGUGGUGCAAUAGAGCUGCCAGCAGGAGACGGAGUUGCAUGACUCGUAUGACGCAGACACUCGAGGGAACUCCUUGUGGACAAGGAAUGAGAUGCAUCAACGGUACAUGUGUCGAGCCACUGUGGAAUUUACCGCAGGAGUCAACUACUAGCCAGCCUGAAUCUUCGACGUAUACUUUUACGUCGGCCCCGACACCUCCACCUACUACCCCACAGAGUCAUUACCCUGGACAAACUACUACUACUACAACAGAGUUAUCUUUUGUUAGUGAUAUUCCAACACCACCAAGUUAUGGUCAACCACCAAGUUUUGGAACACCAUCACCGCCAGGUUAUCCAACUCCAUCUCCACCAGGUUAUCCAGGACCAUUACCACCGGGUUAUCCAACACCCCCAGGUCAUCCGACACCACCAGGUUAUCCAACACCUCCAGGUCAUCCAACGCCACCAGGUCAUCCAACACCACCAGGUUAUCCAACACCCCCAGGUUAUCCAACACCUCCAGGUCAUCCAACACCACCAGGUUAUCCAACACCGCCGGGUUAUCCAUCACCGCCAGGGUAUCCAUCACCGUCACCACCAGGUUAUCCAGGACCAUCUCCCCCAGGUUAUCCAUCACCAUCUCCCCCAGGUUAUCCAUCACCAUCUCCUCCAGGUUAUCCAUCACCAUCACCACCAGGUUAUCCAUCACCGUCACCACCAGGUUAUCCAGGACCAUCUCCCCCAGGUUAUCCAUCACCAUUGCCACCAGGUUAUCCAUCACCAUUGCCACCAGGUUAUCCAUCACCAUCACCACCAGGUUAUCCAUCACCAUCACCACCAGGUUAUCCAUCACCAUCACCCCCAGGUUAUCCAUCACCAUCACCGCCAGCCUACGGUCCUCCGUCACCACCAGGUCACAGUCAGCAAGACGACAAUUACUCCAGCAACGCAGGAUUCUUUAAACGACGCGGAUUCUUUUACUAUGACGACAUUAUGAAUAAAAUAAUUUCGUACAUAAUUAUUUUUACAUCCAUUAAUUACUUCGCUGCCACCGGAAAUAAUAAAUUUCACGUCAUAAAUCAUGGAAGCAUCGUUCCUAAAAUUUUAUCGCCGGACUUACGCUCGCGCAGAUCCGCCGAUUCAAAAUCAAGUGACGUUUACGUGUCAGUAGGCAAUUGGAUUUUGAAAAAUCGCAUCGAGAUUCAAUUGGUGCCGCCCACAAUAAGCUGGGUCACUUCUGACCCGAUUCUUAAAGAUCUCAGUCCGAAGCCCGCGGAAAAUUGCACGUUUUUUAAAGGCCACGUCCAGCGAACUAGUUCCCAAACUAUAAUGACUAUUUGCGACGAUAAUUUUUACAUCAUCCUCUUGUUCAACGAACGCACGUUCACUCUCCAGCCGACCGCGAACGGCAGCCACCUUCUCCAAGAAAUAAAGCCUCCAAAAGUUAAAAGACAGGAUUCAAAUUUUCGCAACAGUUUUAUUGAUCUGACCGACGACACUUUCGAUCUCUACCAAGACAUUGGUCCGACAAACGUCCAAAAAGACCCUGGUCCAAGAGAUUUUAUUGCAGAUGAAGAUGAGCAGUCAAACUUAACCAACCCGGUGCUAAUGAAGUACAAAUAUCUGAAGAGACCUGUUGUAGGUGACACAAAGACAUCACCAGCACAAUGGCUCGAGCUUGGAGUCGCUGUUGAUUACUCGGUGAUAGACUUUCACGGCGAGCGGGUACAGCAAUAUAUUUUUGCUCUACUAAACAUCGUCAGUGCGAUCUACAGCCACCCGUCCCUUGAAGCGAAUCUUACUCUCGUAAUCCUGAGGAUUAUUUUUUACGUUGAUAAAAAAGAUUCAAUGAUUCGUCAGGGCAAUGCCCGAAAGUCAUUGGAGAACGUCAACAGGUGGAACCGGCGGAUCCUUUUAUCAACAAAUAAAGCUCACGACGUGGCAAUCUGGUUGACAAGAUUAGACAUCGGUGGCCCGUCUGGGUACGCCCCAGUCUCGGGCGUCUGUGAUCCAGCGAGAUCAUGUGCGCUGAAUCGUGACGAAGGUUUGACAAGUGCCUUUAUCAUCGCUCACGAGCUGGCUCAUAUCUUAGGACUUACCCAUGAUGGAGACCAAGCCGUCGAUAAUUCCUGUGCCCAUGAAACCACUGGCAGUGUCAUGGCACCUGUUGUCGCUGCUACUUUUCAUCGGUUCCAUUGGUCUUUUUGCUCAAGAAAAGAAUUUCAUUAUCAUUCCAGACAAUGGACAUGUUUAAAUAAUUACCCAGAGGUAAAUAAUGCGACGUAUUUAAAAUCAUUUCCUGAGAGAUUUACAAUGGACGAGCAGUGUCGCAUGGAAUUUGGCGAAGGCUACGAGCUUUGUAAGCGCCUUGAUUUAACGGGUCUCUGUGCUCACCUGUGGUGUGCUCAUAAGGAUGUUAAUAAAGUAUGCAAAACAAAGAAAGGACCUCCUCUAGACGGAACACCAUGUGGUAAAAACAAAUGGUGUGUUAAAGGACACUGCCAAUCAACAAGAGAAAAUAAUUUCCAAUUAGCUUUACUACAAAAAAAUAUAUCAAUCAACGGGGGCUGGAGUCCUUGGUCCCAAGGAAAAUGUUCAGCAACCUGUGGCCUAGGAGUAAUUGUUCGCUAUCGCUACUGCAAUAAUCCCAUACCGUUCGGUGGAAAAGAUUGCGAAGGCCCCAACAAAGAGUUCGUCAUCUGCGACCAACAAGACUGCCCGCGAAAAAGCGAUCUCAGACAAGAACAAUGCGCGCGGCAGAAUGUGGGUCUAGGAAAAUUACGCAUGACUUGGCUGCCCCAUUACAUAGAAGACGAUAAACUAAAGUGCCGGCUGAUAUGCAGAAAUGCCGGUACCGGGAGCAUUUACAUUAGCAGUGAGUUUGUCUCUGACGGCGCGCCCUGUUCCUACAACUCGACAGACAUUUGCAUUAAAGGAAAAUGCUAUUCAAUGGGCUGCGAUCGGGUCUUGUCCUCGGAAAAACGGCUCGACGCCUGUGGAAACUGCGACGGAGAUAAUUCAACUUGCGCCUCUAUCAGUAACAACUUUCAGCGUAAAAUUCGCCAAACAUCCACACGCGUGGCAGUUGUACCUGAAGGCUCCUAUGACAUAUCUGUUGAUUUGAAAAUUAAUUCCAUUGGGAAUCAAACUGUAAAACUUAUAUUUCGUGAUGGUAAACGCAAACGACAUGACGUUCACUUUUUUUUCUAUGACGGAGUCAGUGAAUCAGUUAUUGUUGUUGAGGGAACGGGAUUUACAAUUAAGAAAACUGGUAAUUUGGUCAAAAUUAGUGGGCGUGGUCCGACUUUGGCUCCAGUCACGAUAUCGGUGAAGGUCCCGGGGGACUAUAAAAGUAGGGGAGGGGUAGUUUUGAUAAAUUCCCGUUAUACAAUUGACCGUAAAAAAGAAGAAACGAGUGACAAGUACUCGUGGUUUUCAGGAGGAUGGAGUCCCUGUUCGGUAUCUUGCGGCGGGGGGGUCCGUUACCGGACGGUCGCCUGCAAAAAUGAAAAAACUGGAAGUAUUGUUAACAAAAAAAAGUGCUCGUUGAUAAUGAAGCCCGUGCAGCAGAUGGAGAAGUGUAAUAGCAUUAGUUGCCAGUUUAAGUGGAUCACUGGUCCGUGGGAGAGCUGCUCAAAGAGCUGCGGAUCGACAGGUGUCCAGUGGAGGCAAGUUUAUUGUGUUCACUCAUCAUUUCCCGAUAAUGAGGUUACCGAUGAAAAUAAACAGCUGGUGUAUCGGGCAAUGAUGUCCCGCGGUAGCUGCGCAGAGUAUCAAGCGCCGGUAAAUAAACGAAACUGCAAUAGGUUUCCUUGCCAUGGCUAUUUCAUCGACGCUAACUGGUCCUCGUGUUUACAAGCUUGUGGUCAUGGUCUGCAGUCACGAGCUCGUUGUGUACAAGAAAAAGAUUUGUUUGAUUGCCGUCAUAAUGGUCUUCCGAAUGAAUUACAGGCUUGUCAAGAUAAACUCCAUGAUAACAAUAACAGCAAUAAAAAUAUAAAUAACAAUAACUGUAAAAAAUUAUGUAUAAAAGAUAAAAGUCGCUACUGUAUUACAUCCAGAAAAAAAAAUCUGAAAAAGGGUUGACCCUGCAGGGCAGCUCAGAAACUUCCCGCUGUUUCGAGCUUCCUAAGUUCCAAACAUCUAGAGGAAGCCUGUAUUUUGGUCAGAAUCGCCGUCUAAGAAAUUCUAUAGAAGCUGCACUGAAAAUCUAGACUCAGGACUCGGUACUUGAAGAAAAAACUUUUUUUUCCUUCACUUUUAUAAUUCUGGUGUCUGCUCUCAGGCUCGGGGAUUCGAUCCCAGACCGCGGUUUUAAAAUUAAAAUUUCAUAAUAUAAAAUAGUGUUCUAGUUUUUUUUUUAUUUAUUUCUCAUUAAAAGUCUUACAAUGUUUAAUGACAACAACGGCUAUUUGCGACAUGCGUUACAAAUAAAUAAAAUAAAAAUAAAAUUUAAAGUCAACAAUACAAUAACUUUUUUUUUUCCUUAUCAAUUCAUGCAUUUGUUAAUGAGUUAGAUGAUAUAUAAAACGAUUUAUAAUUUAUAUUUAUAUAUAUAUUUUAUCAAUAAUAAAAAUGAAUAUAAAUCCUGUCGCUGAAUUAUCAUCGAUAUGUUUGAUAAUUUAUUUAUUAUAUAAAUUACAAUAGUUAUUUAUUAAAUAUUGCAUAAAAAUCGCGGUCUCUCCGCAACAGGCCUGCAGUUGGCCACAAAUAUAUUUAUUUAUUUAUUUAGAUAUUUUUACAUUUACAAUUAACGAGUUUAUUAAU